UGAAAUGAAAGAUGGAAAGCCCUAGACUAUAUUGAGAGCCACUUGCCGUUUUCUUCAGUGAUCAAAAAUGACGUUACCGGAGCUUCCAAAGGAUUUAGUAGAAGAGAUACUCUGUUUUGUUCCGGCCACAUCUCUGAAGCGAUUACGAUCCAGUUGCAAAGAAUGGAAUCGUUUAUUCAAAGAUGACAAGAGAUUCGCAAGAAAGCACAUUGAAAAAGCCGCAAAGCAGUUUCAACCUCUCACGUUGACGAAGAACUACAGGAUUUGUCCUAUAAACGUCAAUCUCCAUGGAACUACUCCAUCUCUAGAGGUUAAAAAUGAGGUCAGCUUAGUCGAUCCUCACUCUAAGAAUUCAGCAGCUCAGUUCAAUAUAGAUCGAGUCUUUCACUGUGAUGGCUUGUUGUUAUGCACCUCCCAAAAAGAUUCAAGAUUCGUCGUUUGGAACCCUUUAACUGGUGUAACCAAGUGGAUCGAACUCGGUGAUCGUUACAACGAAGGUAUGGCUUUUAUUCUUGGAUAUGACAACAAGUCCUGUAAUAAGAGCUACAAAGCCAUGAGCUUUAAUUAUUUAGACAAGGAUUCUGAAAUCUACGAGUUUAGCUCUGACUCAUGGAGGGUUAUUGAUGAUAUUAUCAAGCCACCCCACUACAUGGACUACUUUAGAGAGUGUUUCUCUUUGAAGGGAAACACUUACUGGUUGGGUAUAGAUAGAAGACGAAGGCCACCGGACCUUCGCAUAACCUUGAUCAAAUUUGAUUUUGGAACAGAGAGAUUUGGUUAUGUUUCUCUGCCUCCCCCCUGUCAAGUGCAUGGUUUUGAGGCUUCUAAUCUUUCCGUUGUCGGAGACGAGAAGCUUUCGGUGUUAGUACAGGGCGGUUCUACAUCCAAGACUGAGGUAUGGGUGACAAGUAAGAUUGGUGAGGCCAAUGUGGUGUCGUGGAGCAAGGUGUUAUCAUUGUAUCCGAAGCCUGACGUUGGUUUUUGGCAUGGCCUAAGUUUCUUGCUAGACGAGGAGAAGAAAGUCGUCUUGUGUUGUAAGAGUAAGGGAUGGAUGGAGGAAGAAGACGAGGAGAAUGUUUACAGUGUUGGGGAGGAUACUAAAUUCAUACUACUGAAUUUUGGAGUUCAGACAAUUGGAGGAUAUUCGCCAAUUAUUGUUAAUUAUGUUCCAAGUUUGGGUCAGAUCGAGCUAGCUGGAAGCAAAAGGAAAAGAGAUUACUAAAACAAGCUCUACAUUUAAUCUCUCCCUUUUCUGUUUUCAUCCUGUGAAUUAGUAUUUUUAUGAAGAUGUGGUAUUAUGAGAUAUUUAUGUUUCAACUGCCUUAGUGUGUUAUAAUUCUUGCUUUAAACACAGUUUUAUUUUUGUUGAUCAAACCAUGUCUCAUAAUGUUUUAAGAAGAGAAUAUUUAUGUUUUCUAAUUCUAUGACAAAA